GCAGGGCGGGCAAGACAUUUCUCUGCCUACACUUGGGAGGUGCUGGGUGUCAGAUACUCCACAGGGACUGGCAGGGACAUUCUCCACGUCUGGAUAACAGUAUUUCUUGGAAAACUUUCCCAAGAAGAUCCAAUCUGGAGAAUUGCAGUUAGUGACCAUGAGACACUGAGAUUCUGAAGUGGAUCCGGCCCAGCCCACUCCUGUAAACACUUGGUUCAGGCCCCAGGGAGGAAAGAAGGUGUGUGUGAGAGAGGGGGAGAGGGAGAGACCAUCAUCCUGCAGCAGAGGUUUCAUGAUGGCCGAGCUGAGCACAGUGUCUCUUCCCCUAACAUCGUUUGGAGUGGAAUAUAAUAAGACUGGAUGCCGACUGUUUGAUGCACCACCAGGGACCAUCUACAGCAUUGCUUGGCUCAUCUGCCUGUUCGGGCUGGUGGGGAACGGGAUCGUGCUCUGGUUCCUCAGCUUCCACAUUAAGAGGAACCCCUUCACCGUCUACAUCCUCAACCUGGCCGUCUCUGACACUUUCUUCCUGCUCUGCUCGACUGCUUAUCUCAUAGUUUGUGUGGUGGAAUAUCCAUUUUGUGUGAAUGAUGUUUUUAUUUACGUAUUCUUGCUAUUUAACAUGCUGUCUCUGUUGACGUACAGCACCAGCCUGUACCUCCUGACGGCCAUCAGCACUGAGAGGUGUCUCUCUGUCCUCUACCCCAUCUGGCACCGAUGUCACCGGCCAAAACACUUGUCUGCCAUUGUCUGUGCCCUGCUCUGGGCUCUCUCCAUGCUGUUCUCCUGUCCAGUGGGUGUUUUUUGUAUUGUUCUUCCAGGUGAAAACUGUAUCAUAUCCUUCCUACCCAUGUGUUUUCUGAAUGUCCUGAUAUUCACUCCCAUCAUGGUUCUGUCCAGUUUGACCCUGUUCAUCAAGGUCCGACAUAGCUCACAGCGACGUCAGCCAGAAAAGCUCUAUGCUGUUAUCCUGCUCACCGUCCUCCUCUUCCUCCUCUUCACUGUCCCUCAGAGUGUCCAGAUCUUCCUCUUUUAUCAUCACAUAUUCGAUUCCAGUGAGAUAUUUCACAUGCUGGCCUCUGCAAGCAGCAGCAUCAACCCAUUUAUUUACUUUCUAGUCGGGAGCUAUGGGAAGCAGCGAUUCUGUGGCUCCAUCAAGGUCGCACUCCAGAGGGUUUUUGAAGAGAAGACAGAUUCCAGAGAAGAUGGAGAGACCACCAGUGCAGAGGCAAUGGAGAGGGUCACUUAAGUCCCGACAGCACCCAGCCUGGGAGACCCUGUUCUUAGGAUGGAGAUUUCCCUAGGUCCCAGAAUCAAAGAACUUAGAAUGGGAAAGGACCUGGUAGGUCACUGGCUAAUUCUUCCCCACCCCCACCCAGAGCAGAGUCCUUCCAGUGGAUCCCCGGGGUUAUGUGCAGUUGUAAAGAACAAGAAUGGAUCACAUGGGGCAGUGGCGUAGCCAGGUUCUAACAUCAGGGGAAGCAAACACAAAAAAAGGCACCACCUGCCACCGUAUCAAAUUACUAGUUACACACUUUUAAAAUUUG